AUGGCAGAUGAUUUAAGAAAUUACAAACUGCAGUUGCAACAGGUUGAAGCUGCUUUAUUGACUGACCCACAAAAUGAGGAACUUUUGAAACUUAAAACAGAUUUGGAAGAAGUAAUUGAGUUAACACAAGAUCUGAUAAAAACUCAAGAGGGUGAAUCCAAAAUUCAUAGUUCUAGUAAUGAUGAUGAUGUUACAGCUUCCCUGCUGGCUGCUGAGAAUGCUGCUAUUCCUGGGAGGUCAAUUUCUAUGUGGCAUGUUGGAGAAAGAUGUCUUGCAAAGUGGAAAACAGAUGGAAUGUUUUAUGAAGCUUCUAUUGAGGAAGUUAAUGCAAGCAGUUUAAAAGUGAAAUUUGAUGGUUACACAACACUAGAACCUAUUUCUUUAAAUGACGUGAAGUCUAUUGGGUCUGGAACCAAGAGACCUUCUAGUGGCGAUGAAGGAAAACCUACUAAAGGUUAUAAUAGAGAAUAUUUAAAAAAGAAGAAGCAGAAGAAACAGCAAAGGUUUAAGCAAAUAGAGGAAGAAAGAGAAAGUGAGAAAAAUAAAUGGCUUAAUUUCCAUACCAAGGCAUCUAAAAAGCCUGGAAUUAGGAACAAGAGUAUAUUUGCAUCACCAGAUAAUUUAGAAGGCAGAGUUGGAAUUGGUACUUGUGGUAUAUCAGGCAGACCAAUGACAGAAUAUACACCCGGUGAGAAGUGGAAAAAAGGGAGUGGAUAA